AUGGUCUAUAGAAAGGUGAAGCUGGGUGAGGACACAUUCAACCGAGCAAAGCUGCUUAAUGUUGGCUACACAGAGGCUCUAAAGGAUGCUGAAUACGACUGCUUCAUCUUUAGUGAUGUGGACCUGAUCCCUAUGGACGACCGGAACCUCUAUCACUGUAACGACCAGCCAAGACACUUCGCUAUUGCAAUGGAUAAGUUCGGCUUCAGGUUGCCCUAUGCUGGCUACUUUGGAGGAGUUUCAGGGCUCAGUAAAAAGCAGUUUCUAAAAAUCAAUGGCUUUCCAAACGAAUACUGGGGCUGGGGAGGGGAGGACGACGACAUUUAUAACCGGAUCACUCUCAAUGGGAUGAAGGUGUCCAGGCCAGACGUUCGCAUCGGCCGCUACAGAAUGAUUAAGCAUGAGAGGGACAAACACAAUGAGCCAAACCCGCAGAGAUUCAACAAAAUACAGAACACAAAGAACACAAUGAAGAAGGAUGGCAUCAGUUCCUUGACCUAUAAACUGGUUCAGGUGAAGAAGUAUCCCAUGUACACGAACAUCUCUGUGGAGAUCGGCAAGCCACCGCCUCGACCCAUCAAAGGCUCAAGAGAAUAAGAGAGAGACGUUUAUUAAGUUGAUGGGGUUCACGUCAAGAGGGGAGAGACGAAAAGAAGAUCUGACUUUCUCUCUUUUUUUCCCCUCUGUUUAAUCGUUUGAGAUUUCAGCUCGACUUUUCAUAUGUUUUUUAGGGCUUAGGCUUUCUCCAAUUAAGAAUGCUAGCUGCUGCCUGGUAACAGUCAGUGGAAGUAAAAAACAACAUUUUGGAGGAACAUCAUCAACUGACUGAUGGGUUGUUUUCAAACUUGAGAGUCGUUCCGCGAACAAUCAUCUGUAAAGUGGAGGAAUCCUUCAACAUAUCGACCAGAACACAAAAUAUGGAUGUUCUAAAACACCUUGGUCUGUUCUGGAAAUCUACACAAAAUGACUCUGUAUCACUUUACAUAAAACAAAACUUCUGUUGAGCGGGAUUCUUGACUACGUCAAAGUGAUGCAGCUUCCAGUUGGGAAAUAUUACAUUUCUGAAGACAUACAGAGAUUUUCUGCAGGUCAUUGUUUAAAAUACCACUGGGACAUGAACAUGAAGUGGUUCGGAUGGUUUUCAGAAUCCCUGUGACAUCCUCUUGUCUUGAUGGAAGACAGGUUCCUGUUGAGAUUUGGAGUUUCCAGCCUUGAUCUCCGAACUCAUUCGCUCUGUCAAUGAAUGUUUAACAUGCCUGCAUCUGCAGCAGGAGACUCAAGUAAACAGAGCAGUAAAGAAACCCUGGGGGGGAAAAAUCCUCCUUUUUUUCUCUCUUCUUUUAUACAUUUCUGAACUUUAAAACAGAACUGGAUUUUUGUAACAAACGAUACCAUGAUAUGAAAUGUUUUCUUUAGUUUGCAGCACGGUGUAAGUCCGGCGAAAGGGCAUUUUAAAUGGAGAAAGUGAAAACAUACCGACAGCUCGGUUAUCAGCUCCAACUUUCAUUUUACUUUUUGAUAUUUUUCUCUUCAUGCCUUACUGCUGUUUUAAUAGGGUUACCAAUUCUCUAAAGGUGCACUACAAUCAAAG